AGCCCCGCCGCGGCACCGGCGCUAGACCGGUCGUGGCCACGGCGUGACCUGACCGUGACCUGGUCGUGAUCUGAUUGCGAUCUGACCGUGACCAGGCCGUGAACUGACCCCGACUUGGAUCUGGCCGACUGUGACCUGACUGAGACCUGACUGACAUACCUGCAACUUGAUCGCGACCUGACCGUGACCUGACGGUGACCUGAAAGCGACCUGACCGUGACCUGACCGUGCUGAGCGUGACGUUGGUGACGCGUAGGGCGUCAUGAUCUAAGUGAGCACCAGCCGAGCCAUGUGUGCGUGGGCGGGCAGCAGCGGUGCUGCACUGGUGCUGAUGCUGCUGGCCACAGCUGUCGGCAUCACCUUGGCAGAGCUGCAAACCCACAGCAGUCUUCAGCCCAGCUUUAUAUCAAAGCCGGCCUCCUUCGAGGUCAGGGAGUUGGAGUCCAUCGUUCUUCCUUGCGACAUAAGGAACCGAGGUCCAUACAUAGUGGUGUGGAAGAAGGACCGGCGGGUGAUCAGCGCGCGCGAGGCGAUUGUGGCGCGAGACACGCGCUACAGCCUGGUGGAGGGCUACAACCUGAGGAUAGCCGGCGUCCGGCCCAGCGACCAGUCGUCCUACACGUGCUCCAUCGACACCGAGCCGCUGACCGAGCUCACACACCAGCUGGUGGUGCUCUACGGGCCGGUGGUGACAACAGGGCCCUCCAGCGGGGUGCUGGUGCUGGAGCGAGGCAAGGAGGCGCACUUUGAGUGCUCAGCGGUCGGCAAUCCAGAGCCCUCUAUGUUCUGGCGAAAACAGGCCGGCCUGCUACCGUCAGGAGAAGCACAGCACAAGGGCAGCCGGUACACAGUUGCCGAGGUCACCCGACAGAUGGCAGGAGUGUACGAGUGUGUCGCUGAAAACGGCCUCGGCAAGCCCGGCGUGGGCACGGUCAGCCUCCAGGUCCAAUACUCGCCGGAAGUGGAGGUCGAGAACAGCGUUGUUCACGCCGGGGAGGGGUUUGAGGCCCAGCUCGUGUGCUUUGUGUACGCGGAUCCACCGGCCGAGGUCCGCUGGGUCAAGGAGAAUGGCUCUCUUCAUCCAUCGCGCCAUGUCCCCUCAGAGGAAGUGCUCGUAGGAACGAGGCACGUGCUCACAAUUCGGCCUGUUCACACCGUCGAUUUUGGCACGUACUCGUGCCAGGCGUUCAACCAUCUUGGCAAUGCAAGCGGCCGGAUGGCACUUUCAGGUGCACCAGCGCGUGCUCGGGUGACCAGCAGCCCGAUCGGUACAGCGCCAGAUUCGUACCAGCUGGCCUGGGAGGUGCGCAGCUAUUCUGCCGUACUGGAGUACAAGGUCGCCUACGGACAGGGGAAGAACCUGAGCGCGGGCGGGACGUCGCCCAGCUGGCGGGAGGUGCUGGUGCCGCCCACCGGCAGCGAGGUGGUCGGCGACUCUCUGCACCGUCAGCAGAUCCCGCUGACCAAACUGCGGCCGGCCACCACCUACGACCUGCACGUGCGGGCCCGCAACCGACACGGCUGGGGCGCCGUCUCCGAGAUGUUCCACUUCUCCACACUCGCCAGGGGAGAAGCCCUGGAGUCCAGAAGCUACAACAACGGCUCUGAGCUCCGGUGUUUGCCUCAUGUGUUAUCUCUUGUCUGCGCUGCUUUCGUCAUAAUCGCUCUUAUCACAGACGAAGACAACACCUGAGAUCCAGUCUCCCCGUCGUCCAAGUCGGCGAGAGCACUUCACUGGCACGGGCGGUGGGGCAUCGCCGGCUCUGGUCGGCGGGGACCGACAUCGACCCAAGCUGUGCGUCCGCCCAGCCAGGCUGGCGCCAGGCGACUCCAGGGCGGGGACGUGAUCACGUGACGUCACCGCACCGCAGACGACGUGGCGAGCGCGCAGGCAGCAAGGAAGGCGGGCUUCCGCGACAAAGAGCGCCGGUCACUGUGAUGUGGCCGGCGCGGUCAGCCGUCUCCGACCGCCGCCCGCGCUGCCGGUCUCGGCCGCCGGACCAGCGCCGCCUCGCCGACGGUGCGUCCCCGACUGUGAUGAGAGCCGGCCUGCCGCCGCGGCGCGCUCUCCGUCGGUGGUGGAGUCGGCCCCGUCGCCGCGGGGCGUGGGGACCUACACACCCUCCAUGGCGGGCGUGGUCGGCCCGUCAGGUGCUGGAGCUGGCCGCGUCAGGUUGACGUGCGCUGUUCCGUCAGUCACACGGUCUGGGCCGCUCUUCGGCCCCCGCUAUGCACUUCGUCGUCUGUGAUUCCGCCCGCGCAAACCCGCCUGGUGCACG